AUGGAGAGAGGAGGUGGAGAAGAAGAGAGAAGGAGAAAGAGUGAGGGAGGAGGAGGAGGUGGAGAAGAAGAGAGAAGGAGAAAGAGUGAGGGAGGAGGGAAAGAAGAAGGAAAAGAAGAAGAAGGAAAAGAAGAAGAAGGAAAAGAAGAAGAAGGAAAAGAAGAAGAAGGAAAAGAAGAAGAAGGAAAAGAAGAAGAAGGAAAAGAAGAAGAAGGAAAAGAAGAAGAAGGAAAAGAAGAAGAAGGAAAAGAAGAAGAAGGAAAAGAAGAAGAAGGAAAAGAAGAAGAAGGAAAAGAAGAAGAAGGAAAAGAAGAAGAAGGAAAAGAAGAAGAAGGAAAAGAAGAAGAAGGAAAAGAAGAAGAAGGAAAAGAAGAAGAAGAAGGAAAAGAAGAAGAAGAAGAAGAAGGAGAAGAAGAAGAAGAAGGAGAAGGAGAAGAAGAAGAAGAAGAAGAAGAAGAAGAAGAAGAAGAAGAAGAAGAAGAAGAAGAAGAAGAAGAAGAAGAAGAAGAAGAAGAAGAAGAAGAAGAAGAAGAAGAAGAAGAAGAAGAAGAAGAAGAAGAAGAAGAAGAAGAAGAAGAAGAAGAAGAAGAAGAAGAAGAAGAAGAAGAAGAAGAAGAAGAAGAAGAAGAAGACAGAGAAGAAAAAAGGGAGGGAGGGAGGGAGGAAGAGGAGAAGAGAGGGAGGGAGGAAGAAGAGAAGAAAGAGAGG